AUGGCCGCCCCUUCUCCGCCCGACUUGGUCUUCGACCCGGACGCCCGCCUCGCCAACGUCUCGUGCUUUGAUCUCCUGCUCAUCGAGCUCGUCCCUCUCGCGGAACGCAUGGCUCGCGCGUACGAGGCCUCGCUCGACAGGCCCGUCCCGCCCGUUUCGUCGGGGAGGGCGUCGAAGCGUGCGUCGCGAGGAGGAGGGACCCCCGCAACGGGUUCCACGAUGGUGAACACGAACACGACGGUGACAACUUCCGGAGCAGGAUCUGGAUCAGGCACAGGCACAGGCACAGGUAACCCAGCCAUCACAGUCACGAACCCCAACGCCACGUCGACGUCCCUGUCAGCCCCACCGUCCACCACCACCACCACAGCGGCAGCGCCCACGCUCCUCGCGUCGGACGGCAUGCCUUCCACGCCCCUCUUCGCGGACAGUGUGUACGUGCGACUGGAGCGGCUGGGGUUCCGUGUUGGGGAGGGCCUCUCGGAGCGGUUCUCGCGCGACAGGGCGCGCUUCCAGAAUUACGCGGGCAGCGGGCCCGGCAUGGCCGGGUCCGGUGGGUUGGGCACCGGCAGCACAGGCAGCGCAGGGACGGCUGGGAUAGGCAGCAUCAACGACCAUCACCUGGACGUCAUCAAGUUCUUGUGCAAGGACAUUUGGACCGUGGUGUGGAAGAAGCAGGUCGACAACUUGAAGACGAAUCACCGGGGCGUUUUCGUCCUCACGGACGCCAAAUUCCGGCCUCUGAUGCGCAUGGCCAUGACCACCAGUGCAGAAGCCGUUCAACGCGCCCAGCCGCAUUUGUUCUUCCCGUGCGGCAUCAUCAGGGGAGUCUUGUCGAGUCUGGGCAUCAAGGCGACCGUGCAGGCUGAGACGACCGACUUACCCGGCGCCGUGUUCCAGAUCAAGACGAUUCAAGAGCCGACUAAGAAGGUGGGCGUAUGA